UUUUUCAUGUCUUAAAAACUCGUGCCUUAUUAAAAGAGAAGGGAAGUGCCAUUUCAAACACUAAAACUCACGAGUGCUGUUAUAUCUUUGCAUCAUAAAGGCAAGAAGCUGACUUCGUCUACUUUAAGAGAGGUGUGCAAAUGGUAACAGUGGACUAUGAAUCAAAGGAGGGAGAGAUCACAUUCAGAACAAUGAGCUUCAAGAAAUGCAGAAAUUUGUAUAAGCCUGAUCAUGAAUUGGAUGAAGUUAUUGUUACUGAAAAAACCACAAGCUCAAAGAGGAGGAAGGUGGGGAAUCUGAAGCUGCAAACCACAUUCUCCUUCAAAUAUCUACUUUCUGAUAACUCUGAUUCAAAGGAGGAAGAAGUUGGUGGUGGCAUGUUCAAUGAACAUAAUAACCCCACAAUUGUGUUGCAAAAACCAGAAAUCUUGUUUUCACCAAAGUCCAUUGAGGAGCUUGAUGUGGCUGCAAUAAAGCUGCAGAAGGUUUACAAGAGCUACAGGACCAGAAGAAAUCUGGCAGAUUGUGCUGUUGUUUGUGAGGAGCUAUGGUGGAAGAAGGCUUUAGACAUUGCUGCUGUUAGUGGUUGUUCCGCGUCAGAUUUUGACUCUGGUAAAUCAGAAACAGCUCUUUCAAAAUGGGCAAGAGCUAGGACCAUGGCUGCUAAGGUGGGAAAAGGGUUGUCCAAAGAUGAUAAGGCGCAGAAAUUAGCUCUAAGGCACUGGCUUGAAGCUAUUGAUCCACGUCAUCGUUAUGGGCACAAUCUGCACUUAUACUAUGCUGUUUGGUUUAAUAGCCAGAGUUCACAACCUUUUUUCUAUUGGUUGGAUGUUGGAGACGGAAAAGAAGUAAAUCUUGACGAGUGCCCAAGAAGUGAAUUGUAUAGGCAGUGCAUAAAGUAUCUUGGACCCAAAGAGAGGGAAGCGUAUGAAGUGAUUAUUGAAGGAGGAAGGCUUAUUUAUAAAAAAGGCCAGAACCUUGUACACACUGUUGAGGGAUCUAAGUGGAUUUUCGUUCUUAGCUCAUCUAGAAUUUUGUACGUUGGAGAGAAAAAGAAAGGCCAUUUUCAGCACUCUAGUUUUUUAGCUGGGGGUGCUACUAUUGCAUCUGGAAGAUUGGUGGCCCAAAAUGGAGUGCUUGAUGCGAUAUGGCCCUACAGCGGUCAUUACUGUCCUACAAAGAAACAUUUUAUGGAAUUCAUUGGCUUCUUGAUGGAACAUAAUGUGAACUUGACAAAUGUAAAGAAGUAUGCAAUUGAUGAUGAUAUCCCACCUACAAAACCUGUUGAUGAGGAGCUACAAUUUGAGUCCCAAAUGACUAAAAAUGCUAGUUUAAGUGACUUUGCCACUGCUAAAAAUUGCAGUCAAGACAACAUGGCUCACUCUGGCACCAAUAUGGAAACUUCACAACUUAAAGAGAGCAAGUCAUUGUCACGAAAAUGGACAACUGGAGUUGGUCCAAGGAUUGGUUGUGUUAGAGAGUACCCUGCAAAACUCCAAGUUAAGGCACUUGAACAACUAAAUCUAUCACCUAGAGUCAACCUUGCCAAAAUUGCAUCCAAAGCACCAAUUCCCUCACCAAGGCCCAGUCCAAAAAUCCACCUAUCCCCAAGGCUUGUGCACAUGGGAAUUCCUAGCCCAUGAUUAAUUAGUUUGCCCAAAAUCACACACCAACUUAAUAAAGGUGUGUGUUCAAUAUUUUAAUUGCAAGGCAAUAAGGUGCAUUAGGCACUGCUUCAGCCUUUUUAACCUGAACCUUUAGUUUAGAAUCUAGGAUAAAGGUCACACCACACAACAUCUAACCCAUGAUUUAUUUUUUCAUUUAGUUUUUUUCUUGGCCAAUUGUUUUGGUCAUUCAGCUUCUGAUGAAUCAUUUUUUUACUCCUUAUUUGUUUUACUUAAUUCUAUUUUCGGAGUUGGGUCAAUCUUCCAUUCUUGUAAGUCAAAUAAUAGAAAACUUUUCUAGUUUUUAACA